CCGCCCUCGUCAACUGCCUCGUCCGUCUGUCUGCGUCCGGUCCCGGUUUCGUUCGAUUUUCGUUCCAAGGUUCCAAGGGCUGCUUCUACUGUAUCACUACUAUCAGAACCGGUUCCGUCAUGUCUGCAAAAGUUUACGUUGGCAAUUUGAGCUGGAAUACAACCGAUGAUUCCCUCCGCCAAGCAUUCUCCGCAUAUGGCAAUAUCCUCGAUUCCAUUGUGAUGCGCGACCGUGACACCGGCCGCUCGCGCGGCUUCGGCUUCGUCACCUACAGCAGUGGCCUCGAGGCCCAGAAUGCCAUCACCAGUCUCAACGAGCAGGAGCUCGAUGGUCGUCGCAUCAAGGUCAACCUCGCCAACGCUCGUGGCAGCGGUGGUGGCGGUGGAGGCUACGGCGGAGGCAAUGGUGGUGGUGGCUACAGCGGUGGAGGAGGAUACUCUGGUGGUGGAGGAUACUCUGGAGGUGGGUAUAUGUCUGGCGGUUAUGAUGCGCAAGGUGGCGGAUACGGUGGCCAACAAGGUGGUGGCUAUGGCGGAGGAGGAGGAUACGGCGGUGGAGGCUACGGUGGCGGCGGCUACGGCGGUGCUCCCCAGUACUAAGCCGUAUGAUUGCGUCGUCGCUUUCAUCAAGUUUCUCUCUGUUCUCCUCGUCGCCGUGUCACUAAAUGACGGUUGACUCGCGCUAAGUUCUCUGUAUCAUUCGACGUCGUUUGUUUCUUGCUCGACCCAUCCAUCCACGCACUCUUUUACCCCUCCCGUCGUUUCUGGUAGCACUUGUCGUUUUCGUCCCGGCUCGUUCAGUCCAACGUGGUCUCGGUGUUCUCACAAUCCGGCUUGUACUUGUACGAUUCGCCCCUCGUCCCGCGUCCGCUCCCCUGUGUCGUAUUGCUACCAAUCCUUGAUCGCCCGUCGUGGGUGGAUGUGUCCUUAUGUUACUGCUUGCUAUGUGUAUCAACAAAAGACGUUUCGUUUGCUCGAUUCAA